AUGGUUUUAGUUGCGGCUGGGCAAUUGUGUGCAUCCUCAUGCCUUAAAGAAAAUGGGCUUAAAGCGGCAAGACUUAUUGCAAGAGCAUCAAAAAUGGGCUGUAAAGUUCUUUUCCUCCCAGAAGCUUCAGAUUAUAUUGCAAAGAAUGCAGCUCAUUCGAUUAAAAUGGCUCAACCGGUGGAAAAAUCACCUUUUAUGUUCGAAGUGGUGGAACAAUUAAAAAGGCUCAACGCUCUAAACAAAUCUUUAUAUGUUGCCGUUGGAAUUCAUGAACCUUCUGAAGCAUCAAAAAGGGUCAAAAAUACUCUUGUUUACCUGGGAUUGGAUGGCAAAAUCCUUCAUCGCUAUCAAAAGCUGCAUCUCUUUGAUGUUGAAAUCAAGGGUGGCCCCAUUUUACAAGAAUCAAAGGCGGUUGAACCUGGAAACAGUAUUCUUCCACCCUUUGAUACUCCGGCGGGAAAAUUGGGAGUUGGAAUAUGCUACGAUUUGAGAUUUCCUGAGCUUGCAUUAAGACAAAGGUCUCUUGGUGCUGAAAUCUUAACUUUUCCCGCUGCUUGGACUCUGAAAACUGGUCCACACUUUGAAUUACUCGGUAGAUCAACUGCUGUUAUGACUCAAUCUUAUGUUGUUCUUCCAAGUCAGAAGGGAAAGCAUGUUACUCAAACAAAAGAAGAGAUUACGAAGGACGGGUUGAAGUUGAAGAGAGAAUCCUUCGGUCACACUUGCAUAAUUGAUCCGAAUGGAACCAUUGUGGCUCAAUGCAGCGAUAUCGUGGAAAAAGAGCAGAUAUGCGUGGCUGAUAUUAACCUCGAAUAUUUGAAUGUCGUCAGGGAAAAUAUGCCUUUAUGGAACCAAAGAAGGCCUGAUGUGUUUGGCUACAAAGUGUAA